ACCCAACCCCAACGGGACUGACUCUCUCUCUCUCUCUCUCUCUCCCCUUGUGCUCUGUUCUGAUCUCUCGUUUUCAGGCAGCGAUCGAUUUCCAAUCAGGGAUUUUUCAUUCUGGAGAUAGAGUCGAGUUUGCUAUUUAGUUUUUCUUUUCCCGUUGCUGAUAUCCUGAUUUCUUCUGUGGCUUUGGAAGCUUUCAGAAUUUUCAUGAUUAUAAGUAGCAGGCAUCUUUUGGGACAAAAAGUAUUUUCAACAUGGGUCAAAGAAAUAUUCUAUGCACCAAUCAGAUGCUUGAUCUAGAAAUGGAUCAACAAAACCAUGGUUAUCCGCUUCCUGAGCCUGGCAUUGUCUUGGGUACCAUCACAGGCUUCCCACAGCCUGAUAUGCCUAGGAUGGUACCAGCUUCACAGAACAUGGCUAAUCCUGAUUCCCAUCAUUUUACUGAUUGUUAUGCCAGUCCUAUGUUCUAUCAGAUGCCCCAUUAUGGUGUUGGGCACCAUCAUCCUGCUGCAAAUGGUGUUGCAAUGGCAUCUAACUUCUAUAUUCCUUCCUUGAAUAAUUCACCUGUUAUUCCGUUACAUCAUGGGUCCUCUGAUCAGUUGCCAUCUGCCAGCAAUUAUGGAGUUCUGGGAGUCCCUAUGGAUGAGUAUGGAAGAAAUAACCACUUUAUGGAUAAUAUUAGAGCCUCAUACAAGAGAAAGACUGCUGAAAGAAUUCCUGGGAAUUUUCAACACAUUAAUGCCUCAGCAAGCUCUAGUUCCUCUUUAGCCCCUCUGAAUACAAGACAUCCUGAGGGGGUUGCUGCUAUGGAUGCUGCAUCUUUUGUCCAUCCUCAAUUCAGGGGAAAUGGCAUCCAGCCCAUCAGGGAAGUUGGAUCUCAUAGAAGUGUGAGAAACAGAUCAGGUGCUACUGGGUUGGAUCCUGUUCUAGCACACAACCAUAAUCAUUAUAUGCAGGGCAACUAUGUGGGCCAGCCCUUCCAGCCAUCUAGCUCUCCCUGGUUGGAUCAACGCUUGACCAAUAAUUGUGGCGAUCUAGGUGCGUCACGAUGGAACCAGCCCCCUUUUAUGACAUACAUGCAAGGGAGUAAUGCAAGUGGAGGUUCUUUGGAGACUGGGAGGAUGGGUCUACCGCACUAUCAUGACACAGCCAUCAAUGGAAGUUCUGGUUCCACAGGUUUCUUGCAAUCUUCUCCAGCUGAUCUCAUGCAAAACAAUUUUCACCAUCUGUCUCCAUCACCAGUUCAACCGUUGAGGGGCCAGAAUGUCAGUUUUCACCCUCAAGUUGCUGCAGCUAGAGUUCCGCAAAAUUAUGCCUCACACAGCAGUAUGAAUCUUCCUCAGGAUGACAUUGAGAAUUCUUUUAGGCAUCCGGCACCUGUUCCACCAACGGGUAUUCGGAUCUACCAGCCUCAUCGAGAGGGAAGUGUACCUGAGACUUCUUCAAGGCGCCACAACCUUCCUUACCUGAGAUUUCUGCCAACUGAAGGGGUUGCAAUGCUAGAGCUUUCUGACAUCUAUGAAAUAGGCAGUUACACUGACCAUCACAGAGACAUGCGCUUGGAUAUAGAGGACAUGUCUUAUGAGGAGCUUCUUGAACUGGGAGAACAGAUUGGCAAUGUAAGCACUGGGUUAUCAGAAGAAAUCAUCAUGCAUAAUUUGAAGACAAGAACUUAUAUAUCUUCUACGUCUGUCAAUCUGGAGGAGACAGCUUGUGUGGAUCAGGAACCCGAUUCUUGCAUUAUAUGCCAGGAUGAUUACAAGAGGCAAGAAAAGAUCGGAACUCUUGAUUGUGGACAUGAAUACCAUGCAGUUUGCUUGAAGAAGUGGCUGCUUGUGAAGAAUGUCUGCCCCAUUUGCAAAUCCGAAGCAUUGGUAACAGAAGGGCAGAAUGUAUAGAGAAUGAAUAGUUUAGAGGGAAUGUGUAGAGAAAUCAAUAAAGGAGAUGGAGUGUUGGACUGAUCAAUCCAGUCAUUGUUCUUUCUUAUUGUUUAUCACAAAGUUGAUGAUAUAAUAUAUCUUUUGUAAAUGUACUCUAGCAAACAUGCGACCAAUGGUUGACGAUCCCAUCGUUCAAUCUUCUUGUUGGCUGUGUAUUUAUCAAAACUUGUACAGACUUAAUGAUUUGUACAUUUUAUUUGGGCACUGUAUUAUUUUCAUCUCA